GCCCCGGGGGAGAGCGCACAGGCUGGGGGAGGCUCCCCCAAGCCGGCCUCUCUGCCUCCGCCUUUCCAUCCUCUUUCAGGAGAGCUGGAUCGGGCUGGGGUCCGUACUGUCCCCUCGGGGAGCCCCCCAAGAUGGCUAGGUCGGGAAGACUCUUUGUUGGUCCCCGGGAAACCCCUGGGACAGCUGGGCCAGGCAGGAGUCUGCUGCCAGCCAGGACCCCGCACCAGGACGGCUAGGCCUAGCGGGGAGGGGUCUCUGCCGCUCCCGGGACUCCCCUCCGGGACUGCUGGGCCGGAUGAGGGGGUGGGAGGCCUGUGCUGUCCCGCAAGACCUCCCUCGGAUUGCUGCCCUGCGGCGCUCCCGGGACUCCCCCGGGGUGGCCAGGUUGGGGCGCGGUCUCUGCCAGUCGCCAGAGCCACCCCUCCCCCAGGACGGCUUGGCUGGAUGGGAGCCGUGCCUGCCCUCCACGGCCGAUGGGCUCACUUUCCUGGGAAGUUUUCCUCUCGCUGCGGAACCCCCGGGGCCCUGACUGGCCGCUUCCUCCCCGCUGGCCGUAGGGAGUUUUCUGUCCGACACCCCCUCUUCCUGGCCGGGCAGCCUGGCUUCGGCAGACCCCCGGGCCAUGGUUCCACACUUGGGCACUGGCAUCUCUGAGCAUCUCAGUCUUACCUCCUGAGCCAGCAAGUGAUCCUGGCUACCCCGGGUAACCAGGCCUCAGGUGCAGGCCCCACAUGACAGAUGGACAGACUGAAGUGGGAGGUGGGAGGCGGACACCCCGGUGUCCUGCCAGGAAGGGACACCAUCUGCACCUGGCGAGCUGUGGCCUCCAGCCAUCGUUUCCCUGCCUAGUUAGGGGCUUUUCCCUCCAGAGCCCUGUCCACUCUGGCCUUGUUUCUGGAACUGCUCCUCACCCGGAGGACCCCAUCCUUUCCGUGAAGCAGGCAGUGGGGGCUUUCUGGCAAGUGGCCUCUUCAUUAACUAUCCCAGAGUGAGUGCAGAGGACCAGAGGGAAGCUGGCCAAGUGCAAAGCAUUGUUAUUGUGGAAUUAAAGAGCCCGCCCCUGCUCGCCUCCAGAAGUGGUAAUGCAUUUACAGAUGAAAAAAUGAGGGCUUCCAGACUGUGCUGAUGUGAGCCCCUCCAUCCGUUCUGGUUCAGAGCAUAAUCGUCUCGUCUUCAGAAAGAAAGAAGACAGAGUAUGCCUGCCAAGCCCUUCCUCUCUUCUGUUCUGCUCUCCUGUAAAGUUCUGGACUUCUCUGGCCCAGGGCCUCAGGGGACUGGCCAGCCCUGCUCCUGUGGGCACUGGGCAGAGGGACAAGGUGGACCACCUGAGCCUGCUGGAGGGCCGAACGUGCUGGCCAAAGCCCUCUAUGACAAUGUGGCCGAGUCCCCGGAUGAGCUCUCCUUCCGCAAGGGCGACAUCAUGACGGUGCUGGAGCAGGACACGCAGGGCCUGGACGGCUGGUGGCUCUGCUCGCUGCAUGGGCGCCAGGGCAUCGUGCCUGGGAACCGCCUCAAGAUCUUGGUGGGCAUGUAUGAUAAGAAGCCAGCAGGGCCUGGCCCCGGCCCUCCCGCCACCCCGGCCCAGCCUCAGCCUGGCCUCCAUGCCCCAGCACCUCCGGCCUCCCAGUACACGCCCAUGCUCCCCAACACCUACCAGCCCCAGCCAGACAGCGUCUACCUGGUGCCCACUCCCAGCAAGGCUCAGCAAGGCCUCUACCAAGUCCCGGGUCCCAGCCCUCAGUUCCAGUCGCCCCCAGCCAAGCAGACAUCCACCUUCUCGAAGCAGACACCCCAUCACCCGUUUCCCAGCCCGGCCACAGACCUGUACCAGGUGCCCCCAGGGCCUGGAGGCCCUGCCCAGGAUAUUUACCAGGUGCCACCUUCUGCCGGGAUGGGGCAUGACAUCUACCAGAUCCCCCCGUCCAUGGACACACGCAGCUGGGAGGGCACGAAGCCCCCGGCAAAGGUGGUGGUGCCCACCCGCGUGGGGCAGGGCUAUGUAUACGAGGCCGCCCAGCCGGAGCAGGACGAGUACGACAUCCCGCGACACCUGCUGGCCCCGGGGCCACAGGACAUCUAUGAUGUGCCCCCGGUUCGGGGGCUGCUUCCCAGCCAGUAUGGCCAGGAGGUGUAUGACACACCCCCCAUGGCUGUCAAGGGUCCCAAUGGCCGAGACCCGUUGCUGGAGGUGUAUGACGUGCCCCCCAGUGUGGAGAAGGGCCUGCCACCGUCCAACCACCACGCAGUCUACGACGUUCCUCCAUCGGUGAGCAAGGAUGUGCCCGACGGCCCAUUGCUGCGUGAGGAGACCUAUGACGUGCCCCCCGCCUUCGCCAAGGCCAAGCCCUUUGACCCGGCCCGCACCCCACUGGUCCUGGCUGCGCCCCCUCCAGACUCCCCGCCGGCUGAGGACGUGUAUGACGUGCCACCCCCGGCUCCUGACCUCUACGACGUGCCCCCUGGCUUGCGGCGGCCUGGCCCGGGCACCCUGUACGAUGUGCCCCGUGAACGGGUGCUUCCUCCUGAGGUGGCUGAUGGUGGCGUGGUCGACAGUGGUGUGUAUGCGGUGCCUCCCCCAGCUGAACGUGAAGCCCCGGCGGAGGGCAAGCGCCUGUCGGCCUCCAGCACCGGCAGCACACGCAGCAGCCAGUCUGCGUCCUCCUUGGAGGUGGCAGGGCCGGGCCGGGAACCCCUGGAGCUGGAAGUUGCCGUGGAGGCCCUGGCACGGCUGCAGCAGGGUGUGAGCACCACCGUUGCCCACCUUCUGGACCUGGCAGGCAGUGCUGGUGGGACUGGGAGCUGGCGUAGCCCCUCUGAGCCACAGGAGCCACUGGUGCAGGACCUGCAGGCUGCUGUGGCCACCGUCCAGAGUGCCGUCCACGAGCUGUUGGAGUUUGCCCGCAGCGCGGUGGGCAAUGCUGCCCACACAUCUGACCGUGCCCUGCAUGCCAAGCUUAGCCGGCAGCUGCAGAAGAUGGAGGACGUGCACCAGACGCUGGUGGCACAUGGUCAGGCCCUCGACGCUGGCCGGGGAGGCUCUGGAGCCACCCUUGAGGACCUGGACCGGCUGGUGGCCUGCUCGCGGGCUGUGCCCGAGGACGCCAAGCAGCUGGCCUCCUUCCUGCACGGCAAUGCCUCACUGCUCUUCAGACGGACCAAGGCCCCUGCCCCGGGGCCUGAGGCGGGUGGCGCCCUCCACCCCAACCCCACUGACAAGACCAGCAGCAUCCAGUCACGACCCCUGCCCUCACCCCCUAAGUUCACCUCCCAGGACUCGCCAGAUGGGCAAUACGAGAACAGCGAGGGGGGCUGGAUGGAGGACUAUGACUACGUCCACCUGCAGGGGAAGGAGGAGUUUGAGAAGACCCAGAAGGAGCUGCUGGAAAAGGGCAGCAUCACGCGGCAGGGCAAGAGCCAGCUGGAGCUGCAGCAGCUGAAGCAGUUUGAACGACUGGAACAGGAGGUGUCACGGCCCAUAGACCACGACCUGGCCAACUGGACGCCAGCCCAACCCCUGGCCCCGGGGCGAACAGGCGGCCUGGGGCCCUCGGACCGGCAGCUGCUGCUCUUCUACCUGGAGCAGUGUGAGGCCAACCUGACCACACUGACCAACGCCGUGGACGCCUUCUUUACCGCCGUGGCCACCAACCAGCCACCCAAGAUCUUUGUGGCGCACAGCAAGUUCGUCAUCCUCAGCGCCCACAAGCUGGUGUUCAUCGGGGACACACUGUCACGGCAGGCCAAGGCUGCUGACGUGCGCAGCCAGGUGACCCACUACAGCAACCUGCUGUGCGACCUCCUGCGCGGCAUCGUGGCCACCACCAAGGCCGCGGCCUUGCAGUACCCAUCGCCUUCCGCUGCCCAGGACAUGGUGGAGAGGGUCAAGGAGCUGGGCCACAGCACCCAGCAGUUCCGCCGCGUCCUAGGCCAGCUGGCAGCCGCCUAAGGGUGGUGACCCAAGGAGGGAGGCAGGGGAGGGGUGCGGUGGUCCCAGCUCCCUGGCUCCCAUGUCAAGAGUCGCUGUGCCACAGGCUUAGGGAUGGGACCCCAGCUCUGCGUCGGUCCUGGUGCCCUGGAUGCCCAGGAAUCUGUAUAUAUUUAUGGCCGGGCAGGGUGUGGGGCCAUGCCUCCUCAGGAGCCGAAGCCCAGGGGCCGGCCAGUGGCCUUACCCAGCAUGCACCACGGGCCCAGGGCGGGUCACCAGACGGGGCUGGAGUGUGAGGGUCCUGCAGCCUGCAGGACCUCGUGCCGCCCCGAGGGCUGAGCCUGGCCCCACGAGGGUGCCGUGUCCCCUGACAGGGCCAGUGCAGUUUGGUGUGUCCUCCGCCUUACCAGGAGAAGAACCUGAAGAACUAUUUUUCAUUAUUGGUUUUCCAAUCAUUUGACUAAGAGUCUCCAUUUAAAUAAAGUUUUUAAAAGGAAGAGCAGCUGCCUGAGGGUGGCAGAUGAGAGCAGCCCGGGAUGGGUGACGGUUCUGGGGAAGGCACCUGGGGGCAAGGGCCAUGCGUGGCAUCUCCCGGGAGGGCGGAGGAGGAGUGGGUCUCUCUAGAAGAAAACCAAGGAACGCCGAGGCUGGGUGUCGUCUCCUGCAGGCGGGGUGAGGCCUGCAGCUGGCCACAAGGCCCUGGGAGCCAGGGCAGAGCCUGGGCCCAAGAAAGGGGGCAGUUUCAGAGCUGCAGGGUCUGGGGCCCAGAAAGCACAGCCUGGGCAUGGCCCCUUCAACCCUAGGGAGCCGCCACAGUGAGCACCUGCCCAUGCCCACAGCUGGCAUCUGGAGUGAGGGCAGAUUGGGGCAGGAACAGCUGCACUGCUGGGGGCUGCAUCCAGAGCUCUGCUUAAAAGAAUCUAAUCCCAGCCUGCGGAACUCCCGAAGUGCACAUGGAAUUAUACAUGGACCUGGCCUCUGAGUUGGGAGGGAGGGGCUUGGAGAAGACUCUUGCCCUGGGCAAGUGUGUCCCCCCCGUGGCUCCCCCACCCAGCAGCCUGCAGCCCAGAUGGAAGCUUCAGGGUGCUUGGAACCCCUGGUGCUGCUCCCAGUGCUGACUGUUCUGCGUAUGAACAUGGGCCUUGGUUUCCCCAUCUGUAUGAAGAAGGGAGUAGGGCUGGGUGAUCCACAAGCUCUCCUGAUCUUACCUCUACAGAGGUUGUCCCCGUGACAGCAUCUGUCCCCCCAGCUCAGCCACAUCAUGCUCAGCCCACCCGCCUUGGUGAGGACACAGAAGUAAAGGUGUAUGCAGUUGC